AUGAAACAAAUCGUUGAACAAGGACCAACUAACACGUCUGAUUUUUCUCCGUGCAACGGUCAUGAAGAUGAUUCAAUCAAAACUCGAAAAGAUUCGGAGAACGACGAUAUCACAACAAAUUCUUCGUCAGCAACAGCAGCAAAUGAUCUGAUUCUUCUACCUGAUUCUUCAUUUAAUGUUCGUAUUCAAUCAUCUGGCUUAGAAACCUUCGAAUUACCAGUAACGUCCAGUGAACUUGUCCAAGAAAUUCAUCAAGUACUGAUGGAUAAAGAAGAAACAUGCCAUCGAACAUGUUUCUCCUUACAACUUGAUGGCAAUAUUCUCGAUAAUUUUACAGAAUUGAAAAACAUCGAAAAUUUAAAAGAAGGAAGUGUAUUGAAAGUCAUCGAAGAACAAUAUACGGUACGUGAAGUACGAAUUCAUAUCAAACAUAUCAAUGAAUUAAUACAUUCGUGUGACCCGAUUGACGCAUAUGCGGGUACAAAUGGAUAUUCAUUGUGUGUUGUUAAUGAUAUGACCAAUGCAGAUAUUCUAUCGCCUAAUGACCGUAAAAAAGGUACAGAAACAAAUGGAACUGAUUUCAAUGUACCGGAAUAUCUACUACCCAACCAGAAGGAUGUUCUUUUAACGCCAUUAUUUACAACUAAUAAUAAAAUACGACCAUUACAAUGUCUGAAAGUUUUAUCAUACAGCGGUUGGAAUCCACCAAAUGGUUCAAGAAAAUUACAUGGCGAUCUAAUGUACUUACAAGUAACAACAUGCGAAGAGAAAUCGUUUCAUAUAACGGCAUGUACGAAAGGUUUCUAUGUUAGUCAAACGACGGAUGAGAAAUUCGUUCCUAAACCGGUGCAACCUAAAGCUAUUUUUCAUUCACUUGUCGACUUGCUGAAUAAUAUUAGUCCAAUAUUCAAGAAAACAUUUUCUACAAUACAACGUAAACGUUGUACGAAACAUCCAUUUGAGCGAAUACAAAUUCCAAGUCAAAUUCAUCCAUGGUUAUCACCACGGUUCGAACAUUCGAUCGAUUUCUUUCGAGCUGAAGACGCUAAUAUCAAUAAACUUGGACAUGAAGAUCAUAUACCUGGCCAAGUACGGGAUUGGAACGAAGAAUUACAAAUCACUAAAGAACUAUCAAAGAAAUCUUUACCUGAAAGACUAAUUCGGGAACGUGCUAUGUUCAAAGUCCAUAGUGAUUUUGUUUCAGCUGCUAUUCGAGGUUGUCAAGCAGUAGUCGAUGGAAAUAUAAUGGCUAUCAAUCCAGGCGAAGAAUCAAAUCUGGGUUUUGAUGUCAAAGAGCAUUACAAAGAUUUUGGUGGCGAUGCUGCUGCCCAUGCUGCACCAACAAAUGAUUUACAAGGCGUUCGGGCUAUUAAUACUAUUGACAUAGAUGGAUUACAUACAUUAGGCACUGUCGUAGUCGAUUAUCGUGGAAUGCGUGUAACUGCUCAAACAAUCGUACCUGGUAAAUCACUACUUUUCAUUGGAAAUGAAUCAAUUGAGGAUGUAAUAGGUAUAUUGGAAAAGGAACAAGAACAAAGUGUAGUCUAUGGUUCGACUGAUUUCGGUAAAACUUGUGCGACAAAUGAUAAAUAUAAAGAAUUGUUGGAGAAAGUAGCUGCUAUGCUCAAAAUCAAACCACAUUCGAUUAAAACAGAAAAAGGUGACGUUGUGGAAUUACUAACAGCCAUUGAAUGUAAAGGUAUUAUUGGCAAUGACGGACGACAUUAUCUUUUGGAUUUAUUACGUAUGAUGCCACCAGAUUUGAAUUAUUUACCAGUUGACGUUGAACAUAUUUCACCGUUGAUGAAACAACUUAAUUAUCCUCAAACUUACAAACAUCGAUUAUGUUGUCUACGACAGGAAUUAAUUGAUGCAUUUAUUGAACAAAAAUACGUUGAUUUCUACCGUUCGAUUGCCCUUAAUUUGUCCAAAUUGCGCUCAACCGAAACUGUUACCAACGAUUCUGCUGAGCAAACCAACGUCGAAGAAGCCAAACGUAUUGUCAAUGAAAUCACUGUUGAAGAUAACAGCCGAGAAAUCAUUCAAUCGGCGUGUCGUUCCGUCGGAUCCACCAAAGACAAUGAAUUUGAUGUUCGUUUCAAUCCUGAUCUCUUUCAACCUCAUGUAACACUUCAACAAGCGCCAGCCGAAACAGCAGCUGACAUCAAGUUAUUGAAAGAAGCGUCCGAAUAUUUGGUAUUGAAACAAAUUCCAUUGAUGGUGCAAGACUUUCAAGAUCAUACAGCUGUACCAGUCGAUGGACAAAGUCUUUCAGAAGCUAUGCAUUCAAGGGGAAUUAACAUUCGUUAUCUUGGUCGACUUGCCCAACUUCUUUCUCAACAAUCAUCUCUCAUCUAUCUCUAUGAAAUUGCCGUCACGGAAAUACUUUCUCGUAGUGCUAAGCAUCUGUUCCGUAAUUAUAUACAAUCCGUUCCUAUUCAUUUACUAUCGUUUUCGAUCAGUCAUUUUCUCAAUUGUUUCCUAACGAUCAUAUCUUCGCCUUCAGCUGAUUGUUUAUCCGAUGACUUAUCACCCGCUACACCAUCCAACUCAACUCACAAUGGAACAGCAAAUGCGAACUCGCCAUUAACGACCGUUUCAUCGCAAAAAUCGAAUGGCAAAAAGAAAAACAAAAAACAGCAGCAAAAGAAACAAAACCCACUGAUGAGAAAUGAAUCCCUUGACUUUCUCUCUACAACAUCGAAAACGCUCUGGACACAACUUUCUACCGAAACCAAAGCACGAUUUAAUUUCGACUUAAACUGUGAUGAUAUUGAAAGUUUUCUGGAAAAAUUCAACGUUCGUCGUACUUGUAUUUUACGUUCAUUUUGUAUGAAAACUGGUUUACAAUUAUCAAUGCGUGAAUAUCAGUUCGAAGCCACGAAUAAAUCAACACGUGCCACUCAUGAAUGCUUCAAUGAAGAUGAUAUUCUAAACAUUUAUCCAAUAGUUAAACAAAUACCUCCAAAACCCAGUGAUGCUUAUCAAUUCUUCACAACUGGUCAACAAAAAAUUCAACAAGGUUUACUUCGCGAAGGUUUCGAAUUGAUUUCCGAAGCGCAUAAUCUCUUAAAUAAUGUCUACGGUCCAAUGCAUCCCGAGAUUAGCAUGUGUUUAAGAUUAUUAGCACGAUUAAAUUACAUUAUGGGUGAUUACAAUGAAGCACUUCAUACUCAACAUAAAGCUGUGAUGAUGUCGGAACGUGUAUUAGGUAUUGAUCAUCCUCAAACAGCGACGGAAUAUAUUCAUAUGGCACUCUAUUCGUUUGCAAAUGGACAUGCAACGAACGCAGCUAAACUAUUGUGUCGUGCACGAUAUAUUAUUUUAGCUUGUUGCGGAGAAACUCAUCCACAAAUUAGUUUAAUUGAUAGCAAUCUUGGUUUAAUUCUACAAUCCUAUGGUGACUAUGAAAAUGCAUUGAAAUAUAUGGAGAAAUCAUUAGAAUUGAAUAAGAAAUUCUAUGGAUCAAAAAGUCUCAAAGUUGCUCUUUCUCAUCAUCUUUGUGCUCGCAUUCAAUCUUGUCGCGGAGACUUCCGAUCGGCAUUGACCAGUGAACGCGAAGCAUAUCAAAUCUACCGACAACAACUUGGCGAUGAACACGAACGAACUCGUGAAAGUGCUCAAGUACUGAAACAUCUUACAGAACAAGCUGUUGUCUUGCAAAAACGAAUGAAUGAUGUUGUUAAAGGUCAACUGCUGAUGAUCCCAAGUAUAACUAUUCAACAGCCCACUUUUCAGAAUGUGUUAGAAAUGUUAAAUGUCGUCAAUGGAAUAUUAUUUAUUCAAAUUCGUGAGAAAGAUCUGGAUUUAAUCCGAGAAGAACUAAAUAAGCAAGCUAGCGACGAACAGCAACCGACGACACCUCUCGUCAAAUCAAUAACUGAAGCAGCGGAGCAAGCCGCAGCAUUGAUGACUAACGAACAAACAAAGAAGAAUAUAAGAGAAAAAAACCAUUCCAUCGAAAGAAUGGCUCUAAGCAAAACAUUUGCAAUUGUCUGGCUUGAUGCUCAUAUUGCUGCCGUUGGUGAAUACCGGCAAUUAAAAUCGACUUUUCAAGUUGAACUAGCUCCUGUGGUUGCAGCAGCUCCUAUGGAUCCGAUCGACCAACUGAUCUGCUGUAUACGAGAAACAUGUGCACCAAUUACAUUUGCACCAACGGUCGAAGAAACAUUGUCAGUUAUAGAAGAGCUCGUAGGAAACAAUAAACUUGUGGUUCUAAUUACUUCUGGGUCAUUGGGAAGCGUUAUUUUACCAGAAAUCCAACGUCGUUCGCUAACUUUACAUUCGUACUAUAUUUUCUGCGCAAAUAUCAAUAACCAUGCCGAAUGGGUACUAGAAUAUCUGGAUCAAGGUCUAGAGAUACAAAUGUUUGACUUCGAAAUUACUCUUCUAACACGUUUGGCAAGGGAUUUAAGCAAUGAAUUGAUUAAGCAAGGUAGAGAGUUGCUGAACACGGAUCCAGUAUCUGCUUUGAAUUACUUUCAAUGUGCGCGUUCCUUGGCAGAAAAAGCUGUAGCGCGGGAUAUGCCGGCAAAUGCGACAGAUCUGCAUCGACCGUCGACUAAACAUCGAGAAAUCUUGGAUGGUGAGAACGGUCUAAUUGCGCAAGCCGAAAGAGCUUGCAAUCGUAACAAUGUUUGA